AUGGCCCUCAAAAUGCCCUCUCCUUUCCGCCCCCUCACCAAGCUGCCCAUUGAACUGCGACUUCAGAUUGGAAUGCUGCUUGUUUUCCAUCCACGCCACACGACCGUGGUAUACAAUUUCGCCAUCGAGUUUGAUCAGAGCUGGUCCAUCAAUCGCCCAGGGAACAUAUACGACCUAAGCGAAGAGAACUUUGCUCGAGGAUACCUGGAAAAACUAUUCUUCGACCGCGCGCAUCACAGAAACUUCGACGGCCUUGAGAACAUCUGGCUCAUCGACAAAGGCGCCAUGUGGUCGAGGCAUCCCCAUCAGUACUACUGUACGUCUGACGCUGAGGGAUUACAAGAAGUCCCAACCCUCGAACAUGAGAUUGUUGCGGUAUAUCGCGGUUGCGACGCGGAGUAUGUCGAGGUUUCUUGGGAACAAUGCUCUCACAAAACCGCCGAUGGUAUGGCUCCAUCUUCGAAAGGGUUUGUCGAAAAGCUAGAUCUGGAGUCCGACUUCGUCGCCCUUCCUCCAUCUGCCCAAAUGCGGUCAUCCCCUAAAAAGGACUCAGCAACACUGGCUCGACGCUCAGUCGAAGUUGGACAUGGGGUAUUCUUUUCCUCAUUCAACCAUAUUGAAUAG